CCUUAACUGAAAAGUAUAUAUACAACUAUAGUCCCAGAGCUAGCUUGAGUGUUUUCAUUUCAUUCAUCUAUAACUAUAUACUUGAUACGCAGUUAUCUCAACCCACGCCAUAUUUCCUUACUACUGCACGCCGUAAUGAACUACAAAUCAUACCAGCAGGUUUUCAGCUUAACCUCCGUGGAGACCCCCAGAGUCUUAGCUCCAAAAUCUGCGACCCCACCAUCUUCUCCUAAGAUGAACUCUUUCAACACCCAGUUAUACACUCCGCCACACUCUCCCCAAAUCACGUGCCAUUCCUCAUGUCCGGCUAGUCCGUUACCUGCGGCUGAAAAGGGAGACAAGGAAGACGAUAGCAAACCAAAGAAGCGCACCAAGACCGGGUGUUUCACGUGCCGCCAGCGCAAGAAGAAGUGCGACGAACAUAUCGAUCCUGUUUCUGGGAAGUGUACCGGUUGCAUUCGCAACUUUCUUGACUGUUCCUGGCCGGAAACCAACACCAGAGCUGUGGAGCUUAACACCUGUGUUGUUGGCCAGGGAGCGACUGUGGCUAAGGCUGCACUCAACGUUUCUGGAAGCUGCGGGGUGAGAGCUAAAACUAGCGGGAGCCGUGUGGCCAAGUCUCCAAAAGGGUCGCUGGCUGUGAGCUCCUCCUUGGCUGCGACCACCCUUGCGUUAUCCACCGGUCUGAUUAUGCAUAUGCGCAACGACAAUAAGAUGGACAUUUGCAAUUUAUUGAACGAUGUGAAGCCGCGUGCUUCGCCGGUUGCCACCAGAUUUGUCAUCACUACUGUGUAGUAGCUUAUAAUUUCUCUUUUCACGGUUUUGGGGGUUUUGUUUUCACGGUCUUUGUUUUCACGGUUUUUGGUAUAUCCAUACAGCAGU